GUUGUCUGCCCGGUUUGUCUGGCUUAUCGGGUGCGCACGGUCACUGAUAAGCGGCGCGUCUCGCGUCGCGUCGAGACCCGCCCAAGCCACCACUCAACACGCCUCCCCCCAUAAUGUGUCCCUACCAUUUCUCCUCCAUAAUCCAGGACACUCCCAUACUAGUAAUUACGACUCGAUUCUAGAGUAGCUUCUAGCUUUCACAUCUUGUUCUACCAUCAAUACUUCCAUUUAGGAUGCCCAAUGGCUUCCUCACGCUCGCCAUCGCCCUCUGAGGGCUCCUCCCCUCCUGGCACGCCGCUUACACCCCAAUCAAAGAUAAGGGCACUCCUCGCCACGGUCGACAGUAGUUCCGAUGAGGAUUCCGGACGAGAGGGGAAGGAAACUUCACAGCCAAAACCUUCUGCAGGAACGAAAUUGGCACCUAUUCAGUCGACAGACUCCUCGAGUGAUGACGAAAACAUUCUGCGCCCGCGGGGUAAGUUCGCCGCACGAAUGCACGCAGCAGCGAAUGCCCGACAACAAUCGUCCUCGAAUCCGAAGGAAGACGCGCGAGAACGCGUUAGAAAACUUCUGCAGGCCGAGAGGGCAAAGUCAAGUCCGGCUGAUAAGAGCUCUGGGGAAGAGCAUGGAGCAGCCGACGACGAGGAGGAAGUCGUAACAGCUCGGCCGCGUAAGCUCAAGCCGCGGCGGCAACCCAGCAAGACCCCGGAAACCGAGAUGCCCGAGCUGUCCCGGUCGCCAGGUCUCUUCGUCUCCCCUGAUGCCGUCCGGUCGCGAUCACCCGGCCUCUUCGUGUCGCCUGCAAAACCAGCCUCCCCCUCUGCUAGGAGCAAUGCCGCACGCUCGGGCAGCGAUUCCGACAUGCCUAAUAUCAGGAAUGAGAGGUUUUUGGCCCUUGUUACUAAGAAGCGGAAAGAACGACUUGCAAGGGAGGCAGAGGAGGACCGGAAAAGGGCAGCCCGCCUUGCAGCGCAACAAGCAGCUACCGACGACAGGAUGUCAGACGAGGGAGACGACUCCAACGUCACUGAUGAUGAGGGAGGCAGGAGGCUCACUCAGGAUGCCCGUCCUACACGGAAGGCGAGCAGGAAAGCCCUCGAGGAGAUGAACCGUGAGACGCAGCGUCUAAGUCGCAGCCUGCAGCUUGCACACGAGGCGAAGACGAAAAAGAAGAUAUCCAAGUCGACUCUAUUCGAGAGAUUCAACUUCAAACCAAAUAAGGAAUUGGCCGAGGACAAGAAGCUGUCGAGCUCAAGUCGACCAACCUCACCUGCCUCGCCACAUCCCACAGAUACUGAAAUGAGAGAUGCGGAGACGCCUCCAAGCUCUCCUCCCAGCAUCGGAAAGGGCCUUGAUCUCGGGGAACCUGUUCAAAUCAUGAACGACAAUCCCGAAGCAGCCGCCGAGAACCGACUGGACAAGGGGAAAGGAAAAGCAACAGCGAGGGUUGACCUCGAAGACCUGGCCAAGCCUCUUCAGAAAGUCAAACGAAGCGUACGCGUCAAGCUUCCUGCCAUCUUGUCCAAUUUCGUGAUUCUCGGCUCGGAUGACGAAUUGGACAUGCAACCGACUCGGAAGUCGAGGAUUGAUGCCAUCUUCGACCGAAUUCCCGCCAACAAGGCCGCUGAGAGCCGAUCUCUGCAUGCUCUUCGUCGACUGGCUCAAGUAGACGACCCCGAGAAGAAAGCAGCACCCAUUGGCAAGAACGCCAAGCCCGGAAUGACAGUUGGCGAGCUCCAGAUCUCUUUACAGCAACGCGCGCGGCUGCAGGCGAAGCUAGAGCGGGACCGCCGACUAGAACUUCUGAAGUCCAAGGGCAUUCACAUCCAGACCGAGGAGGAGCGCGAGCAAGAGAUGGCCGAGGUCGAGGAUAUUGUCGCUCGCGCAAGGGCGGAGGCCGAGGAGAUCAUGACGCGGGAACGCGAGGCUGCCAAGAAGGAAAAGAAGGCGAAGAGAGCUGCUGGCGAGCUCGAUCCGCUAGCUUGGGAUGACAGCAGCGACGACGAGGACUAUCAAGACCGGGGUGUGGAGGAAGAAAUUGACUUAUCUGGCUCCGAGGACGAGCAGGAAGAGGAGCAGGCGAAGUCGGAUGACGAGGAAGAGGCAGACGAGAAUGCGUCGGUCAACGGGGCGUUGAUUGACGGCGAGGCCGAGUCUGCGGGGGAAUCCGAGGAUGGCGAGCGCGAUGAUAUGGACGAAGCGGCCGAUUCUGAUACUGACGCGGCGCUGGUCCCAAAGGAGGGUCGUCGACCAAGGAAACACGUAACCAUCAUCUCCGACGAUGAGAGCGACGAUCCGAUCGAAGCCACGCCUAGGCCAAAGGCUCUCUGCCCCAAGUCCCCCUCAGGGCCCAACACUGCUUCUCCCAAGGUCCCCACUUCAGUGUUGAGGUCCGCAACGAAGACUUUCAUCCCCGGCCUUCCAGUUGCUGGACCUGCUGGCUUGGGCCUCACCCAGAUUUUUGCAGGGACAAUGGAUGACAGCCAGGCUGGCCUGGGAGGUGCAUCUCCGUCCCAGAUGAUGCCAAGUUUCGACAACUUUCCGGACUCGAAUUUCUCCCAGACGGCUCAAGAGCCGGCAGAUGACAUGAUCCUCGAUAGCCAGCCCACUCAGAACGCCACUACCCAGGAUCAAGCGACCCAGGGCGUUCAUAUCCGGUUUUCGCAGUCUCAGAUGCACGGGUUCGACAGCCUACUCCAGGACAACGCCGCUUCUCAGUUCUCUCAACUCAUCGAAGCUACCCAGGACGGGGGCUUCCGAAAAUUCACGCCCCUGAAGCAACGGUUUGUCGAACCGCCAGUGUCGACCAUCGAGACCGUUGCCCUGGGAAGCCAACCAGAUGAGAUGCCCAACGACUCUCCUCUCGUGCGGAGGGUCGGCAAGCUCCGACGGCGAGCCGACCUAGCCGCAGCGCCAGCUUCAGCCUCGUCAGACGAAGACGAGGCCGAAGCAAUGGAGGGUGUUGAGCUUGACGAGUUCGGAUUCGGGACUAGCGCCUUCAGCGUAAUGAAGGAUGCUGCCGCUAAGGAGAAGAGGAGGAAGACGAUGGAGGCCUUUGACAAGAAGAAGAGCAAGGCGAAGGAGAUGGUCGACGACCAAGCCGAAGAGUCUGAAGACGAAUACGCCGGGCUCGGCGGUGCCGAUGGUGAAGACAGCAAUGACGAAGACGCCGCCUCGGUUCACGAGAUGAUCGAUGAUGAAAGCAAGGGCAACGAGGUUGAUGAUGCUAAGCUGGCUGCAUUCUACGCCGACCGCGAGCGCGCCAGCGACGAGAAGCAGGUCGAGAAGCUCUUCCGCGACGUCACGUCGGGCAUGCUUCGCCGCAAGCGCGGGGCCGACUACGACCUCUCGGACUCGGACGACGGGGGCGAGGCGCGCCGCCGCAUGAAGCGCCGCCAGUUCGCCAAGAUGCAGAAGGCCCUGCUCGCCGACGAGCGCGUCAGCAAGGUGGCCGAGAACCCGCGCAACCAGGCCUUCCUCCGCACCAUCGAGGACCGCGGGAGUGAUGACGACAUGGACUUCAUCUUCGAGCCGGCCCCGGCACCGGGCCGCGGAAAUCCGCCCAGAGAUGGCAGCGGGGACGCCGCUCCCGAAUCGCAGAGCCGAUCUCACGCCUCAGCGAUCCCCGACAGCCAGCCCGGCCGCACGGAGACGACGCGACCCGGGCCGCAACGACGAGUCCGAGACGGCAAGAAACCCUCCACCAUCGGCGAGAUCCGCGAGUCGCUCUCCAGCCUCCUGGAGGAGCCGAACCCUUCUUCCGUCAUUCCAGCCACGGACCUCGGCUCCGACAGCGAAGACGGCGACGAGCACCACCCACGCCAGGAGAGCGGCGCCCGUGGCAAGGAGAACCGCAACCCCCGGCGCGGCCGCGCCGUCGCGGUCGUGGACCGCAUCACCCUCAAGCGCAACGCCUCGUCAUCAUCCGCCUCCACCAAGACCAGCACAACCACCGCCGCCGCCGCCGCCGCCACCAACAACAACAAUAACAACGGCCGCCUGGCCUUCGCCACCUCGUCGUCCGCCGCCGGCUCGGGCCCCUUCAAGGUCCCCGCGCUCCUCAGACGCGCCACCACCAACUCGUCGCUCAUGUCGGGCGGGAGCGGCACCACCAACGCCAGCACCGGCUCCGCCGUCAACGGCGGGGACGCGGACGCGGACGGUCCCGGCAAGGUACACAGGGGCGCGGGGCGGCGGUCCGGCGUCAACUACUUUGCGCGCGAGACGGAGCGGCGGGCGGCGGUGGCGGAGAGCGAGAGGCGAAAGGAGGCGAGGAGGUGGAAGGGGGCCGAGGGGCGCGGGAGGGUCGUCGGGGGGCUGUUUGGUGGGGGCACGUUUGAGUGAGCUAGAGUGAUUCCCGUCCCUCCCUCCCUGUGCUGCCUGCUUCUCUCUAUUUCCCUUUUUCUUUUUUUUCUUUUUUUUUUUGCCACCUUGAUGUCGGUUUCGUGUUGAGUGGUUGGGUUGUGAGUUAGGGUGAUACAGAAGGCGUCUGGGAAUAGUAAACUGAUAUUUUGUUAUGGUCUGGAUACAUGGAGACGGUCAUGUCAUGAUUCACUCAACUGAGCUGUGAGAUCUGUAUCUCACUCGAUAUUGUUUGCACCACUACUUAGACAUGUCCUCAAAUAAGGUACUAUUCUGCAUCUUUCAUUCUGUCUCCGUCCUUCUAGACUUGAUUGCCCUGUCAUCUACUUUACAAAAAGGACAAAAGUUAUCAUGCUCCAAACCACAAUGC